AGUUUACGCACGGGAUUCAGCACGGUUUUCAUAUAUAUACCAAACAUCUUGCCUACGCGGCCAUGCCCUCCAUGCCUCCCCCUCAGGAGCGGCCGACGGUCCCCCGACCCAAAAGUAUUGAGCUACGUCUAGUGGAACGGUUUAUGGGUUGGAAAGCUCCAUUCCUUCCAAUGACAGUCAACCGAAGGGAUAGUAAAGCUGGCCAUAUGAGCCGCCCACUUCUUCCGAUACUACUCGACGACUCGCCCUGCCCCAAUCACCAAAGGCCACUACCCCCAGGCGUGAAAAAAUUGGUAACACGCGCUCAAGCAGCCGCGGGACCACUAACGCCCAACGACAAUAACGACGUCCACAUUCACAAACUUCUACCUUCUCACACCCCGCGCGAGGAAGUCUCAUGGGAAGGCACCGGACUCGAAAACUUUCAGUGGAUCGGCAUGUCCAAAGAGAUGAUGAGAGCGCAAAAUGUGCUCGUUGAACAAACCCUCAACACCCUGUGCACUGAGGGGGGUUGGCGACUUGACGUCUACCGCGAGUGGAGGUUCGGCAAAGUUGUCGGCCUUUUCCUGCUAGGGGCCACAACCCCAUUAGGCCCAUUCCCUGGUUGGCCGCCUCCGACCCUUUUCAUCGUGCACGGGAGGAGCGGGAAGUUUCAAGUGGGUGUUGCCGCCAAAAAGGUGCUAGGGGUGGUGUCAGAUAUGAGGGUGCUCGAUGGUACCGCGUGGACAGGAUCUAGAAGAUUCUAG